UAUGAAAUAGAGCAGUUAGAAAAACGGAAGCUAAAAGAUGAUAAGGUUGAAAAUUAGAAAAAUAAUCCCCCCCGUCUCGUGCGCCUAUGCCUGUGUACACAGAAAUUCUGAGAGCAGAGAUUAUAAUAAAGAUAGACUGGUAGAGUAGAGAAUAUAUCUGACUAGAACAUUUUCGGAGAAAUGGCACUAAAUAUAGCACUAGGGAAUUGCAAACGGAGUGCUAUUGUUGCAAUUACUAAGUUUGCAUCAAGUGCUCGAUUCUUUUCGUAUACAAGCUGUCAAAACCAAAAACUGGCUCCUCUAAAUUUUAUUAAUGGUGAGAGGUGUUAUCCAUCAGCUUCAGACAGUUUCGACUUGCGAGAGCCGGCAACUGGUAAAUUACUUGGAGAGGUACAAUGUUCCUGUAAUGAGGAUGUCUUGAAAGCAGUAUCUUCAGCUGGCAAUGCAUUUGAGAAAUGGUCAGCAUGGUCUGGUAUUGAACGAGCUGCAGUGUUAAAUAGGGCUGCUGAUAUCAUCCGGCAAAGAAAAGAUGAAAUUGCAAAGUGGGACAGUGUUGAUACAGGAAGGUGUAUAAGUGAGUUGCAAUUUGAUGUCAAUGGUGCUAUUGAGACCCUGGAGUAUUAUGCCUCUCUAGCAACAACAUCAACUGGUCGUUAUGUUAAACUGGAAAAUGACAAUUUUGCCUAUGUCACAAAGGAACCUUAUGGGGUUGUUGCAGCUAUUGGCUCGUGGAAUUUUCCAUUUUGUGGUGCAACCUGGAAAGUAGCCCCUGCACUGGCAUCAGGUAACACUAUGGUAUUCAAACCAUCUCCCCUUGCUCCCAUAACCACUACCCUGUUGGCAGAGAUAAUACAUGAUGCAGGUGCUCCACCUGGUAUAUUGAAUGUGGUACAAGGUGAAGCUAAAACAGGUGGGUUAUUAUGUCAGCAUGGUGAUGUAGCAAAGGUAUCAUUUACUGGUGGAAUUCAAACUGGAGCAAAAAUAAUGGCAAGCUGUGCACCAGGAAUUAAAGAUGUGACACUAGAAUUAGGAGGAAAAUCACCACUGAUUAUAUUUCCUGACUGUGACAUGGAUAAUGCUAUAAAUGCUGCAUUAAAUGCUAAUUUUGAAUUAGUUGGACAGUCUUGCACAAAUGGAACAAGAGUAUUCCUUCAUGAGAGCAUUAAAGAUGAAUUUACAAAGAGGAUUGUUGAAAGAACAAAGAAGAUAAAAGUUGGACAUCCAGCAGACUCUAGUGUACAGAUGGGUGCUCUGAUAUCUGAAGAUCAUUUAAAUAAAGUGUUAGGUUAUGUUCAAUCAGCAAAAGAUGAGGGUGCAGAAAUACUAUGUGGUGGAGAACGUCUGCAGAUGUCAGGUUACUACAUGUCCCCAUGUGUGUUGACAAACUGUCGAGAUGAUAUGAAAGUUGUUCAAGAGGAGAUAUUUGGACCAGUUAUUUCAAUACUAAGUUUUAGCAAAGAGGAAGAAGUUAUUAAAAGAGCAAAUGACACAAAUUAUGGUUUGGCAAGUGGUUUGUUCACAAGUGAUAUAACUCGAGCUCAUAGAGUGGCAGCGAAACUGAAGGCUGGUCAAUGUUGGAUAAAUACUUACAGUAUAUUUCGGCCCCAGUUUCCCACUGGUGGCUUCAAGCAUUCAGGCAUUGGUCGGGAAAAUGGGCAAGAAGGAUUUGAUUCUUACACACAGACAAAAACUGUUUAUGUAGGAAAUGGAAAUGUGGAGACACCUUAUUGAACUUUAAUUAGUCAUUAGGGUCUAUAGAGACUCGAUUUGUCAUUUUUGAGAAUUGAUAAUUCAA